AUGAUAAUGAUGAUGACAUCUAUUGUGAACGGAGUCCUGAGAAUCUAUGUAGAUCAUUGCUGCAUUACUGAUGCAAUGAUGCUAUUUGAUGAGUUGGUUAAACCAGAUGUAGUAACCUGGAACAUUAUCAUCUCUGCUUUGGGUGGUAAUGGAUUCAUCAAUCAUGCUUGGAACUACUAUGAGAAGUUGUUAGAUUUGGAAAUCAACCCUAAUUCACACACAAUUAUUGCUAUUCUUAUUGUUUGCAAGGAUGAAUCUUAUCUUAAUCUGGGUCGUUCUUUACAUGGUUAUGCGAUGAAACAUGGGAUUGAAGUAAAUACAAGCAUAGAAUUGCCAACUGCACUCGUAGAGAUGUAUAUGAACUGUGCUGAUGAGGCAACUGCUAGGAGUCUAUUUGAUAGGUGCUCAAACAGAGAUGUAAUAUUGUGGAAUUCUUUGAUUGCCAGUUAUGUGAGAAAUAACCUCACUAAUGAAGCUCUGUCACUUUUUAAGCUGAUGAUCUUGGAACAAGAACCUGAUUCCGUUACAAUAAUAUAUAUUCUCUCAUCAUGUGUUGAAGUAGCUAGUCUUCCUUUAGGCAAAUGCCUACAUGCUUACACAAUACGUAAAGACUAUUUAGGAGGCUUGAACUUGUCACUUGCAAAUGCGUUGUUAUCAAUGUAUGCAAGAUGUGGCAGUAUGCAGAAUGCUGAGAAGAUUUUUGAAAGAAUACAACACAAGAAUAUAAGCUCAUGGAACGCCUUGGUGGCCGGCUAUGGUUGA